AUGACGACGGAGGUUGCAACCGUUGCACCGGCAACAGAUCCACAUGCAUCCCCUCCUAUCACCAUCAUUUUAACCACUAUUCUCCUCGUCAUUUUCUUUAUUGGCUUCUUCACAAUAUACUUUUGCAGGUGUUUCAUGCAAAAUGUUCUUUACACAUGGAAUACCCAUCAUAACCCUCCUGGGACACAGAUGGGCGGUCCAGGGAGCAGUGGCCCCCCUGGACUCGACCCACAUAUUAUUAAUACUUUCCCUACUUUUAUCUACUCUGAUGUUAAAGAAUUUCGACGUGAAACAUAUGGGUUAGAAUGUGUUAUAUGUUUAUGUGAAUUUGAGAACGACAAUGUCCUUCGACUUUUAACAAAGUGUUACCAUGUUUUCCAUCAAGAUUGUAUAGAUCUUUGGCUUGAGUCACAUAAAUCAUGCCCUUUUUGUCGACGUGGCCUCGAAACACCGCUUCCCUCGCCAGCAAAAUCUCUGGUGUCACAAAAUAGUACAUCCAUGCAUGAGAUCCAAGAAAAUGAGUUGCUUGAAGACACAUUUACUAUCAAUAUUAGGGAUGAAAAUGAAAGGAACAACAAUACGGAUACCAAAGAAGACAACAAGAAAGAAAAGCAUGUAAAUAUUGAUAUUGAUCAAGGAGAAGUUAAGAGAACAGAAAAAUUUCCAAGAAGCAACUCCACGGGUCAUUCGAUUACUAAAAAUAGUAAGGCAAGUGAGGACGGAGAUAAGUUUACAUUAAGAUUGCCCGAACAUAUACAGGCAAAACUCAUUCGUGGACAUAAUUGGACACGAAGUUGUACCGAGUUUGGAGAAUUCAAAACUAGAACUUCCGCUAGUAGUACAGGAUUUGGCGAGGCGUCGACAUCUAGAGAUGUAAACAAAAUGGCUUCUAUAUCUACCACAAGAAUAGAGAAAGGGCCUGAGAAAAUCUACAUGGUUAACGAAGACUCUGAUGAUGACAUGAUCGACCUCUCCUUUUUGGAUUUUCAACUAGAGACCUUUAAACCAACUUCUACUCUUUCUGAUAACCCAUUCCUUAACAUAUUAUGUGAUGACAAUAUGUUAAGGAAUACUAUUGACGGAUUGGGAGAAAAUGAUAACAAUGAGCAUGUCUAG